UGAUAUUUAUUUAUAGGUAAUAAUAACAGCGCGUUGUAAAUACACGACCCCACAGCUGAUUACCCGGAAGUUUUGGUGGUGAAACUCAACCCUUCUUUCCACAACCACCCCGUGAUUGAAAUCACCCGGACAAUUGCAUCUAAAUGUAGAAUAUUCAGAACGAGGAAGAUGUCGUUUUAUACGUACUCAGUGGUAGAACACCGAUAGAAAGUCUUCAUAUUGAGAGACCUAUCAUAAAUAUGUAGCUGUACCUGUCGGGGUUAGAUAGGAUUUAUAGAGUUUGACUGUCGUAUACCUGUUUAACACCUGAGAUUUGAACUCCUGUGUUAGUAUCGUGACCCACUUUCGAGAUGACUGAUAUCAAAUUUGAGGGACUUCUUCAGAAACCAGGGAGAAUACCUGGGCGGAAAACGAAGGUUUGGUGUGUGCUGGACGGAAAGGAACUUUUGUUUUACAGAGAAAAUAAGAGGUCAUCUUGCAUUGGUUCACUGGAUUUAGCAUUCGUGAGGAAGGUAGAAAAAUCUGUCUCCACCGGUAACGAGUUCUGGAUUGACUACAAUGGAACGGCAACUGUUUAUACAGCAAAUGACAGUGUAAAGUGUGACGAAUGGAUUGAACACAUUUCACAGGCUGUCCAAUCCUCGGACGACAAUAAACGACCAGCACCUAGACCUGCAGGACAAACCAUAGCAAAAUGCGAGUUGGAGGAAUAUCGAAAACACGCGAAGGCAGACGACAGGAACACGUCAAUCAAAUCAAGAAUUCAAUUCCUGCAGCCGUCUACAGCUACUAAUAAGGUAUCUAUUGCUCAAAAUAUCGUCCAAAAGACACCAAUUGUGACUGAAAAUACACAAAGCGACUCAUAUCCGCCUAAAAAGGAAAAUCUUAAAAAAUCUACUCAUACUGAAAAUUGGAGACAAGGAAAUUCGAAGCACGAUAUCGAGAAAGUAGACAAGAAAGGUACUACCGCUCAUUUACGGAAACCAUAUUUUGCCGAUUCUCAAAACACGUCACCAAAAUCUUUGGAGAAGGAAGCAGUAAUAGAAAGUAUUGACAAAACGCUAGAGAAAUGUGAUGAAAGAGAAAAUCCAAAGAUAACGUCAAAUAAGUUAACAAAGGAUAUAGAAAACAAAGGGAAUGAUAAAGAAGCAUGCAAUUCACUGAAGCGCUCUAAGGAAGGGGAAAACAAUACAGAAGAAACUGGUACCAAACGGGUUUCGGGAACUGUACAAAAUUCUUAUCCUGUACUUCCAACGUGUAAGGAAAAAGAUAGUAGACCAGAUUCGGGAUAUGAAACAUUAGCCGGUAGCGAAAGCAGAAAAAGUGUUUAUUUAGAGGAAUACGGCGAAGUUGAUAUUUCUCAGGUUGUAAUGAGAAAAAGUAGAAGGUCAAUUCAAAGCUUCACAAUGAAUGAUAAUGAAACUGAUAUUUCAAUUGGGAUACACGAAGCCAAUAAUCCGUGCACUGAGAACAAAUCUACAUGUGAAAAGUAUGGCGAUGAAAACUGUAGUAAAAGAAAAGACUGUCCUAUGAGCAAUGGUGACCUUGACACGGUUGGAAUUUCCGAAUCGGAUGAAAUUUAUGCAAACACAAGUAGUGCUACCGCAGAAAGGAUAAAUGAAACAGAAAAAUCUGAAGAAACUUCAGAAGAAAACGAUGUGGUUGUGCCAAUCAUGCGUAGGAGCAAGCCAAACAAAAGAAGCACCCUGAUUGAUGUCCACGUACCUCGUGUUGUGGUGGAAGCUGAUGAAGAUGAAGAUGACAAAGUUAGCAGUUUUUCUCAGAUAUCAGUUGAUGGGGAUUUGUUAACAGAGGACCAAGAGAACUUGUUAGUCAAUCUAACAUUUGAACCUAUUGCAGAACUUCCUUUUCAAAUGAAAGAUUUGCAAAGUGUAAAAUGGGAUUUCUCAGAGAUCCGUGACUUGGUCACACAAAGAAAAAGUCGGAUCACAAAUUUGGUUCCGUCAGACAAAAAUCCUGUUGAAAGUUUACGCAAAUUCGUUGAACAACCGUAGAUUGUCUUUUAGAGGAGGUUCCUUCCCUCUAAGAAUGGAACCUGGGUAAAAUACUCCAUUUAUUCCAGGGAAAAAGAUGGAAGAAAGCUCUUCUAAAAUUCAUGAAUAGAGUUUGGAAUUAUUGUUUAAGAAAGCACUGGGCGUAUGGCGACUCCUUUUCUAGUUUUUGUAAGGCCAAAGUGUGAAAGAAAAUAACAUAUGUAUGUACAUUCACAACAAUGCAAAAGUUUGUAUCAAAUGAAAAUACGAUUCUUUACAGUGGGAAAUAGUUUCAUUAAUAUUCCUGUUCCUGAAAAAAGCGAUAUUAACACUAAUGAAAUGGAGUAUGUUCGGAGAAAAUUGCAGGGGUCAUGGUAGAUGCAAACUGUGCAAUUUUUUUUUUCAAUUCCCUGUAAGCAUUGAUGGGAAUAUAUACGUUGUACCACAAGGAGAGUGUUUGAAAUAAUAAUACAAGUAGAUGAAAGCACCUCUCUAGCUUACAAAGCAGGAAGUGAAGUUUAAAGCAGGAAUCAUCUUUCACUGAUUUUGCACAUUUUUGAAGAAUUUAUUUGCGACAAUUGUUUCAAUUACGCUUCCCGGCGAACAAGUUUUGUAAAUGCAUGUUAUAGAUCAAGAGAGACUUUCCCUAAGUGGGGUGUCAUUGAGGUGUCAUUAUGUCACAAUCUUGGGACGGAAAUCGAGGGAUAUCAUUCAUAUGAAUUAUGUGUAUUUAUAGAGUGCCGUUUAUGGUCAUACUCAAACUUUUUUGUAAACUGUCCGUCCACAGUUUCAAAUUUAGUAUACUUCUACAUACAUGUAUUCAUCAUUAAAGACUUGGGUGUAUUUUGUAGUUUAUUAGCAAUUUUUCACGUGCAAUUUUAUGUUAGAUAUAUUGUAAAUGUCAUAAAAAAUGUAAUAUGCAAGUGUAAUUAAAAUAUGUUUCUUGCU